UCAGGGGCGGAGCGAGAGAGGCCAUGGCCAAUGAGCGCUGGGGAUGGGCGGGUUAGUACGGCGAGAGGAGUGACAGACAGACUCCACAACCAGUAGACAUAGAAAGCAGAACUGAGUGGCGGGUAAGGCACCCGAUUGCUAUUCGAGCUCUCGAUCCCGGCGACUGGAGCGGGCCAUUCAGAGGCGCGGGGCCGGGCCUGGCGGACGCUUGUUGUUGUCCGGUCGGGGGAGGCGGAGGUCGCUAGCUCGCUCGGCUCGCUGACUCGCCGGGGCGCUCUGUGGCGGUCGGCGGCAGGUCGGUCGCGAGAGCGGGCUCUGUGCAGGGGGGCGAGGCUAUGUCGCGGUGGCAGCCCGGAUGGGCCGGCAGGGCCAGGAGUAACGGGACGUCGCCGCGGAGCUUCUUCCCCCGGAUACAGUGCGGCCCGAGCGGAGGCCGCGGCGCCGCCCUCCGAUCUUGAGGAGCCCGCGCUGCGCGGAGCCCGCCCCCGCCUGCGCACCGGCACCAACGCGGAGCGACCCACCCCAGCCAGACCCGACCCGGCGAGGCCAGAUCUAACCCAGCCAGGCAGGCAACACUAGCUUCUCUGGAGCAGGAAGCCCCCUUCUCAAGGACAUGAAGCUGUUGGAGAACUCGAGCUUUGAAGCCAUCAACUCACAGCUGACUGUGGAGACCGGAGAUGCCCACAUCAUCGGCAGGAUUGAGAGCUACUCAUGUAAGAUGGCAGGAGAUGACAAACACAUGUUCAAGCAGUUCUGCCAGGAGGGCCAGCCCCACGUGCUGGAGGCACUCUCUCCACCCCAGACUUCAGGCCUCAGCCCCAGUAGACUCAGCAAAAGCCAAGGCGGCGAGGACGAGGGCCCCCUCAGUGACAAGUGCAGCCGCAAGACCCUCUUCUACCUGAUUGCCACGCUCAAUGAGUCCUUCAGGCCUGACUAUGACUUCAGCACAGCCCGCAGCCAUGAGUUCAGCCGGGAGCCCAGCCUUAGCUGGGUGGUGAAUGCAGUCAACUGCAGUCUGUUCUCAGCUGUGCGGGAGGACUUCAAGGCCCUGAAACCACAGCUGUGGAACGCGGUGGAUGAGGAGAUCUGCCUGGCUGAAUGUGACAUCUACAGGUGGGCCGGCAUCCCUGCAGGUGGGCCCCCAUCCCUGCAGGUGAGCCAGCAUCCCUGCAGGUGGGCCCCCAUCCCUCACACCACCUGUCACCCUAUACUCCCCAGCUAUAACCCAGACUUGGACUCAGACCCCUUCGGGGAGGAUGGUAGCCUCUGGUCCUUCAACUACUUCUUCUACAAUAAGCGGCUCAAGCGAAUUGUUUUCUUCAGCUGCCGUUCCAUCAGUGGCUCCACCUACACGCCCUCAGAGGCAGGCAAUGAGCUGGACAUGGAGCUGGGGGAGGAGGAGUUAGAGGAAGAAAGCAGACGCGGAGGCAGUGAGGGUGGGGCCGAGGAGACCAACACCAUGGAGGAGGACAGGGUCCCAGUGAUCUGUAUUUGAUGAGGAGGAGCCGAGGCCCCAGCUUCAUCCAGCUUCAACCAAUGCCUGGACCUGCCCGCCUGAGAGGCCCUUGGGGCCUCCCCAGCUGCUGGCCAGACCCUGGCGCUGCCACAGUCCUGGCACUGCCCAAGGCCAUACCUGCCUAGCCCUUUGGCUCCAUCCUGUGGAUGCCCACUCACCCCUCAGACUCCUGCUGCCCGUGCUAUGGCCGGACUCGGCAGCAGGGGCCCUGGUGGGAAGAGUGACUGCCCUGCCCAAAUGAACUGCCACAGCAGGGAGAGCUGGACCACAGAGUUUAUUUUUGUAUUUCUACUGGGCCUGCACACUCCAGCCCAAAGGGUCUGUGGCCAGAGGCCCCGCAAACAGGCCCCGGCGGUCACCAGCUCUGGUCUUGGGCCGGCCCCUGGUGCCCACCUGUACCCCCACCUCGCCCAUUUGGCCGCGUGCACUGAGUGUCACUUUGCUGCAGCUCAUUUCUUUCAAAUAAAAGUUUCUGUGACUUA